AUGGCAGAAAUUCUUGCUCAGCUUCCGGUUCAAAAACUAAAGGACCUGAAAAACAGUUAUGGAUUUCAUUUCCCAAGAGCAAUGGUUGAAAAAGAAAUUGAAUACAGGAAAGGAAUGUUGGCAGAUGAGUUUAGAGACAAAUCUGUGGAGGAAUUGAUGGAGCUCAUGAAAAAAGGUUGUGUCUUUCCUGAUGUGUUGGAAUCAGAAAUUGAAAAGAGAAAAAAUAAGAAACCUUAUGUCUCUCUUAACACGGAAAAGUGCUCUCCUUUCUUAACUAUUGACGAGGAUUUUGUAACAGUUCACUUGAAAGGGCAAAACGAUACUCGACUGUACAAGCUACUCAUUCCUUAA